AUGGAAAACUCACUAAGGCGCUUCAUGGUAGUGGUGAUCGUGCUACUAAUUUCAACUGGACAUGUUCAACUCGCACAGACGACGUGUGAUCCGGUGCAGCUCAGUUGGUGUCUGCAAGCCAUAGUCUCAUACCAGCCACCCUCCGCAGACUGUUGCCUGAAGCUCAAGAGUCAGGAGUCUUGUCUUUGCCAGGAAACGACUGACCCGACUUUUGGUGGCUAUCUUUGUCUUCCCGGUGCAAAGAUGGUCGCAACUGCAUGUGGCGUAGCCUUCAACUAUGAUUUUACUUCCACCUUUCUCUUUCAAAGAAAAUAUAUUGGUGCAAGUUUUGUUUUCUUAUUACGUCUUUUGGAUCUUGAGUCAACUUAG